AGUUUUUGGAAGACAAAGAUUCCAGUUUGAAAGAAAAUUUACUUAAGAGUGAGACAGAUAUUGCUUAUUUAAUCGACUUAUUUGGCAAAUUUAAUGAUGUUAAUUUACAACUGCAAGGAGACAAUUUGAAUCUCAUCAAAGCAAAAUUGGUCAUAUCGGCUUUUGUUGCCAGAUUAAUUGCAGAACCAAAUCUAAUUUUGCAAGAUGAGCUGUUAAUCAUCAGCACGAAUGAGGAUCUCAAAGUACAAUUCAAACAGGGUUAUCAAAAGUUUUGGCUGCAACAAGAUAUUCCACUUCUGAACCCGGCUCUAUGGACUGUUGUACAAAAGUAUUUGCUGGCAUUUCCAUCGUCGUAUCUGGUAGAGAGAGGUUUCAAUGUAGUUUUAAACCUGCUUCAGAACAGACAUCGAUUGCUUAUCACUGAACAUGGAGAUUUGAGAACGCAACUCACUAAUUUAAAAUCGAAUAUAGAUAAAUUGUUGACAGAUCACCAAGUGCACCCAUCUCAUUAA